ACAGAGGCACAACCCACAGCGCCAAAAUUCAAAUACGUGCGUGAAUAGAUCAGAUGGCAUAUAAAUAAAACCAAAUUGGAGGAUAUUAAAUCAUCUGGAUUAAUGUGAGAUUAGAGGGGAGAAUCCACAGCCAUUUGGAGUCCAGCUGAGUGGAAUCGCCUGAAAAACCACAAUAAUAUGAAGGUUUGGUUUUAUUUAGCUUCAGUGCUCUGUUCAAUAGGGUUGUUAGCCAGCUAGCCACCUUGUUAGCUUCCUACAAAUGAGAGCUAAAGGAAAGUUAGCCUUUCCAGCUGGAAUUGCUUCAACUUUAAUGUGACAUGACAUUUGCUUUUCAUUUAGUAUCCCUGAUUGUAAGUGUUUUCAAACUUUGUUUCUUUAACCGGUCUCUUCAGUUUGUUGAUUUUACGUCAAAUGGAAUCCCGUUCAGGAAAUAUGACAUUGUAAUAGCUUUACAAUUUUACUUCAUUUGCGAAAUGCUUCUGCAAUAAAGUGCAGCUGUUUAUUUACAAUUACAAACACGAUUUAAUUCGGCACAUGUCCCAUAAUAAAUAGACUUUUCGUUAGCGGGGAAAACAACUUUUUUUAAUCGGAUGUCUCAUAGUGCGAUACGAGGGAGAAACAGCCGCGCAUGGCACACAAACCACGUCAACUGUAGACCCGCAAAGAUAACGACUCAUGUUCUAGAAGUCAUGAGUUGCCAGGGAACAAAACAGAGUCUGCUGAACUACUCCACAGCUGAGCCGACAGACGGAGACGGGCUUCUUUUUUUUAUUUUGAGGUCCAGAUUCGACAUACAGGCCGUGCCGACAGAGUACAGUAUGUUCUAACUAGAGUUUGGUAUGAGUGAUUGUCUUCUUGUCAAUCUUAAAUCGUUCAGUCUACGUAGAAACACUUUGAAUCCUGCCCGAUCAUUAGCUUCUGUUUGAUAAACCGUUAAUCUACAGGUAAUUACUGUUAGCGCAGUGUGUGUUGCUGUGAUAUAUUUUUGUACCUACACUUUCAAAGAAAUUUAGGGUGCUGUUUGACUGAGAGUGUGAUGGUUUGCAAAAAAAUUGGAACUAUAUAUUUAAUUGUUAUAUCACAAUGCAAAUGCUGACACUGAAAGUUCUCUGCUUUUAGAAAGAUUCAAUGCCUAUUUUGAAAGUCAUGAUAACAACAUGUGUCAAAAAAUAAGCUAGGACAUUGGGGACACAACACUGAAGAGAAAGGAUCAUUGUGGACAUAUAACAACAUCAUGGCUCAGUAAUAGAAGAGUCUAGGUGAUAAACUGGCCUGCCUUCAAUCCCAAAUUGUCACCCAUCUUACACAGCUGGCAUUAGGGUUGGGCGAUAAAACAGUAAUGUCUCAAACUCAAUCGCAUUGCUGUCACAGACCCAGUAGGUCUCGGUUUUUACCUUACAUUUAUGGAUUAUAGUUUAAUGAAACUGAAACUGAAAAACACUCAGUCUGGUGUUGUGUUUUCUGUUUUUAGUAACUGUGGCAUAUGGUAGCUCUUAUUAUUUUUAAAAGGAGUACCAAUUCGCCAUCACUUGAAGUUGAAGUAGACUCCAUUUUUGUCUUCUCGCUUCCACCCGGGACGCGUCUUUUUUUCCCUCCGGAAAGUCGCAAAAUAGCAUCGGGCUUGAUGUGUAUAGUCAGGCGCAUCAAAAUUCGCCUCCGAAUAUUUGAUAAUUUUGCGUCGUAUAUUUGCGUAAUUCCCAGUGGGUAAGGAUCUUAACAGGGAACAUUUAUGACUGACAAGUGAUUUUUUUUAAUAUCGCGAUAUAUAUAUGGAUAUCGACUGAUAUGAAAAAAAAAAUUAUAUAAACUUUUUCUCAUAUCACUCAGCCCUAGCUGGUGUAAUAUCAAAUUUUGUCUUUUCAUGUUUUUUGCACAGAAUAAAAGUGAAAACCAAGCAGCAUUUUCAGUGAUCUCGUGACCAUGAGACGGAGCCCAAGGAGACCCCUGAUCCUCAGAAGAAGAAAAUUGCCCUUCCAGCAAAAUGACCCACCAGCAGCUGAACCACAACCCGCUGCAUCGAGACCCAAAGACCCUUCAAAACCAGAAGCCAGUCAGUGCGUCUCAGAUGGCAUCCGUGUUAUAGAUCACCCCACUGUGUCUGAUACGCAGGUGGUUGUUAUUCCCAAAACAGCGGACCUUCAGAGCGUUAUCGGGGCCCUCACUGCCAAAGGUAAAGAGUGUGGCGCCCAGGGGCGAAACAAGUUCAUCCUCCUCUGUGAAAAUGGGAGCGAUCCGUCUUCUUUGGACAACAUAUCUACAGGGACUACAGCUGAGCAACCAAUAAAGGCAGAACCUGUGAACAUCCCCCAAAAUGUUCCACCUCUCUCUGCAGUCAAACCAUGUACGGACACAAGUUGAUGCUUUCAUGUUAAUAUGGAGUUUUUCCUGCCUCCCACUAAAGGAGUAAUGGUUUUUGCUUCUCUUUACUAGUUAAAGAUCUGGAGUGUCGUCCAUUAGAUGACAGCCUCACCAACAUCCAGUGGCUGGGCAAAAUGAACACAAGUGACAUGGAACCAGAUUCUUCCAAGCAGCCGGCCAACAAGGAGAACCAAAGCACAGAUCCUCAGGCUCAUCAGGUCAGCUGCUGCUCUUUGUCACCUCAGUGUGACUGUUUACCUUUGAUGUGUAAACACAAGUUCCCACGGAGGGAAUGCUGAUCUCAGGCAUGUCUUGGCGUGUCUCCUCAACACCUACUUUCAUAGAGUGUCCCGCUCUAAUGUCACAUUUAGAGUGAAUUACGAUGAUCUUUAAAGUUUUGGGGUUACAAUUAAAAGUUUUGGCUUCUUUUAAUCAAAGGGUAACAGUUGAAUUUGGACAGAGUGGUAGCAAAAGAAGCAGCUUUUAAAGGAGUGUUUGUUCACAGCAUCUUUUUCUUCUCUAAGCGGUGAUUUAUGCUUGAUUAUUUCAAAUUAAAAUGUGCUUUUUUAAAAUGUUGGUUUCUUCAGCACAUGUGAACAUUUGUUUUAUUCCUUUACAUGUUCAAAUGAUCAGUUGCUCACCGUUAAAUCGAUGCGCUUUGCCAGUUUUUCUAUUGUAAUUUUUAUUUUUCUGUUUUUUUUUUUCUUUUAUGGACACAGAAUGCAACAACUAAGGGAGAAUCAGCGAAACAACCCAUUUCAGAGAGGCCCCCCUACUCCUACAUGGCUAUGAUCCAGUUCGCCAUCAACAGCCAGAAGACCAGGAGGAUGACCCUGAAGGAGAUUUACACGUGGAUCGAGGAUCACUUCCCUUACUUCAAAGAUGUGGCUAAACCAGGAUGGAAGGUACUGAGGUUCUGUUCAUGCAGAGAUGCACAUGUAAUGCAGGGGAGAGCAGAUACAAGUCUGUGGGUAUUGCUCUCUUAAAAGAUCCACUGAUGUUUUUUUUUUUUUUAUGAUUAUUCAUUUGCAGAAUUCUAUCCGUCAUAACCUCUCGCUGCACGAUAUGUUUAUUCGUGAGACGUCAUUUGAUGAUAAAGUUUCGUUUUGGACCAUCCGGCCUGAGGCUAAUCGAUGCCUCACUCUGGAUCAGGUCUACAGGGUGAGUGAUGUUCAUGUCUUAUGCAUCUUUCAUUUCAUAUUUUCCCACAUUGUAGUUUAAGGAGUACCUCAAACUGAAUUCUGCCUUAUUUGUGUUCUUGUAUUUGCUGUGUUUUGUGCCCUAACUACGGCAUGUACGGUGCAGUAAUCAUGGAUUUCUUUCCUCUCACUUCAAAUUUGUCUCCACAGCCCGGUUGUGACCCGACAACUGCUCCUGUCCAGAUGCCAAUGCUUUUACUUUCCAACCAAGUAAGAUGGAUUUACCUCUCUCUCAGUUUUUCAGGAGCAGGCUUCACUUCUGCAGACAGACAGGAGGAAACAGAAAGGGACAGAAAAUCAGCAGAUGUCUGCUUUCACUUUACCCGCUUUUUUUCAUCAGCAGACCCCUUGACCCAAAGAGUGCAGCUGCAGCUGGAGGGCUGAGCUGUGGGGAAAUCUUUUUGUUGUUGCAGGAGGAGAUGAGAGAGUCUAGUCUUCUUUGAGACCAGUUUGUACAGAAACUGGUGCAUAAAGGAAAAUUCCUCUUUAAAGUAUAAGGACAGCUAUCUUUGACUGCCAGUCACUUAAAUUUGAAGCACCCAAAACCAAGAGAGAGAGCACUAGUAAAGCCAGCACAAUAAGAUCAUUGACGUGAUAGAGCUUUUCUUUAUAAAGGUAUAUUUUCAUUUUUUGUCUCAGCAACAGAGAAAAAUCCUCCCAGAUGCAAGAAAAACACCAACCAGCUCUGGUGAGUACAGAAAGAUGCCGUAAAAUCAGGAUCAUUGGAAACGGAUUUAAAGGAGUAAUUCAUGUUGUUGUUUCCACGCUCAGAGAGAAGGAUGAAGCCCCUUCUCCCGCGGACAGAAUCCUACCUGAUCCCACUCCAGCUCCCCGUCGCCUCCUCCGUGUUCAUACCGUCCUCACAGGCCCAGUAUCCCCCCACCUGCUUGCAGCAGAAACAGACCACAUCCAGAGGGACAAAGAGAGUGCGGAUAGCUCCCAAGGUGAAGACUAAAGCACGUGUUUAAGAACCAAGCGCACUUUCCUGUUUUCUGCGGUGGUUGAAAAGUGUUGUAUGGAAUUUGAAAUGACAGCAGGGAUGAGCAUCACAAGUGAAAAUAUCAACCAUUAUGUCUGUGGCUACCAAACUUGUUGUUCUUCUUGCUUUGAGCUGGACUUCUAAUUCCCAAGGUUUGGGGGCAUAAUUCAGAGAAUUUAGUUUACAACUGAAUGAAUGAAUGAAUGGUUUUAUUUUUGGUCCCAAUAACAACAAAUGAGAAACAAACAGAAUUAUAAACUUAGGUGGAAGCACAAUGCUCAUAGUUGCCUAUCCUAUGAAAUAAGAUUAAAAAAGAAAAACACUUUAAUAUUAAAAAGAAAACAUAAAAAAAAAUAUGUUGCACUACGAAAAGAAAAAAACAAAACACAAAGAAUGAAAGAAAAUGUUUUCCUCAAAGCUGUACUCCUGAAUUAUUUUGCUUUUUAACACUUUUUUAAAUAUUACCUGUGAGUUACACAAUUUUAACCCAUCGUUAUGGUUAUUCCAUUGCUUAACCACCCAAACUGAAACACAUCUAGCUUUUACAACUCACUUGAAAGUGAAGGUUUAGUGGAGAUUAAAGAUGGUAUUACCUCAAAAAAAAAAAAAAGGAACAUGUCUCCACAAGUUUUACACAUAAUUUAAGUUUAUAAGGUCUGUGAAAGUUUUAAAAAUCUACAAAACUUAAUUUUCCUACUUCCUCAUCUUUUUCUUGGCAUGUCCUUGACUCUUUUCUGUCUUUAAGGUUUCCCAAAGUGAUGUCCCAGCUCCACUGCUGUAUCAUCAGAAGAAUAAAGAGGCCAAGAUAAAGAUGGAGGAAGAGCUGGUCUCUAUUAAAUGUGAGACUCCUAAAUCCCUCCCCAAGACACAGGCCUGCGGCUCUCGGCGUAAACAGCGUCUGACCCACUCUCUGACCGAGGAGCCUGUCCUCCUGUGUCCUGAGAACCCUUUCUUUGACUCAGGUGUCAUCUCAGACGUGUCCACUUUUCAGGAGAUGCGUGACACUGAAAUAGAAGAGCACAUUCAGCAAGUGCAGCAGAGUAGCCCAGAUCGGGAGUAUUCCUUCAAGACCCCCGUAAAAAGUAGCAACCACCUGACCUCCUCCACGCCCAGCAAACCCCUGUGUAGCGCCCCAACAGAGCCUUGGAAGGUGACACCUGUGGGCAAAGGGAGCCAGGACGCUCUGGACUUCAGCCCCAUCCGCACGCCAGGUGGCCCUGCUGUCACACCCUGCCAUGAGUAUACCACCUACAGCUUCAGCAGCACCCCCUUCAAAGACUGGCCUCUGUUUAACUCCCCCAGAGAGCUGCUCACGUCGGCUCCCUCCAGAGGGGCCGACGCCUCAGACUCCCCUAUCAGCUGCCUCAGAAGCAGCUGCUCCAGAGAGCUGCUCGAGGCGGGAGGCUCCACACCCAUGAACUACUCCAUCACAGAGGGUUUGGUCUUGGAUACGAUGAACGACAGCUUGAGUAAGAUCCUGGUGGACAUCAGCUUCUCCUGUAUGGGCGAUGACGACCUGGGCACCGCCAACAUCAGCUUAUCCGAGUUCAUCCCCCAGUUAAAGUAGCUCCAGGAUCCAAAUACACAACAUUUAACUUACAUGUUUUAAAACACUAUGGGAUGCAUAAGCAAGAGACGGCAAAUCAGAUGCAAAUGUGACAAAAUGGAAUUACACCCACAUCAAACUCUAUCGAUAUUCAGAUUUUAGGAACACAAACCUGAUAUUACUUCCUUUACAUCAGAAAUGAGGCCUAAAAAUUGAGUCAAAAAAUUGUUUUUGAAAAAAAGAAAAAUUUGCGUGGAGGAAAAAAUAUUAUUAGUGGAUGGAUGAAUAUGGAAGCCCUGAGUAAGUACGUCCAGAAAGAGAAGUUUAUCACUCAACUCGAAUACUCAUAGAUGUCAAAGUAAUAAAGGCUGUUUCUUCAGCCAACCUACCCCCUCACCAUGGUGACAGACGUUGAAUGGAUAACAGAAACCUUUUCUGCUUUAGUUAUUUGACCAUUUUAAUAAGAACCAAAGUAUGAAGCUGUUUUCAUUUUUGAAUCUUUCAUAUGCGUCUGCUUUGUUUUCUUCUGCAUUUUAGUCCUCCAGCCAAUAAUUAAGUAACAAGGACUUCACGAAUAACUGGGAUCUUUUAUUGACCGAGCGGCUCACUUGUCUUCCAUCAUAUCAGAGAUUUCUCUCAUCCUCCGCUUUACCUUUCAUUUUGUGUAAUUGGUAUUUUACUGCCUCUUUUCACCACUUUCAUUCUAUCUCCCCUCGUUUCUCUGAUCAUUUAUCCUUCUGUCACGUCUGUGUGUACUCUUGAAAAAUUUGUAAUGCGGGGAAAUAUGUCUUCAGUGUAUUUGUAUGUUGAUUUGCACAUUUUAAUAUAUAUUUUAGCUUUUAGGUAAGUAAAUUGAAAGACGAUAUAUUGCCUCACAGACCAGCGCAACUCUCCUGGUAUCCACCUUUAGACCUUUAGAUUGUACUGCAGGAUAAUUAGCAAUAAUAACAAAGUAAUAAAAGUAGCACUAACAGGACUGUAGGAUAGUGUCUGUACUUUUACUGUAGAACCGUCUUUCCAAAAUGACUAAUAGUCUUUGUGUUUCAGUAUCAGAUUGAGGGCACUUUGUACCUGCAAUGUGGGACUUUUUAUAUGCAGUGACACCAUACUCUAAGAUUGUCCUUGGGAACUGAAAUCUUUGGUAUCUUUCUGGAACAGAUUCAACAUCUUGUUUUUCUGACAGCACAAUUUCAACACAGGGAAAAGUGUUUCUAGCAGAGCAAUAUAUGCUGCAUCAUCUUUGGAUAAUAAAAUUGGAAAUAAAACCAUUUAAUGGAAUGAUUCAGAAAUGUUUGUUUUGUAUGGAUUAGUUAAAAUUUUGUUUCUAGCAACCUGUCCUGCGAGCUUGUGCCUUGUUUGAUUUUUUCCCACAAUAAAUCUGAUGGUGUUGAUUGGUGCAUCAUGAAGCAAUUCAGCUUCUGUUUAAAGCUCAUGUGAGGGACUUUUGGUUUCUGCUGAUUUGGCGCCCCCUGUGGACAAAUUUCGAAUUGAAUUAAGAAAAAUCUCUUCCCUCUGUUAACAGUCCACUGUAUAACUGAUCUUAAACUGAACUUGAAAUAAAAACAGUCACCUCACCUACCCCCUUUGUAGCAGUUUCAGAUGUUAAAAAUAACCUACAGUCUAAUGGUCCUAUGGUCUACAAGCUAAUGGUUUUGUUUGCCUUGGUAGCUCAUAAAUAAACAGUAUUUAUUUCUGUAUAGUUUGAAACACCCAAAAAUUCUCACGAGUUAAAAUUCUUAUGACAACUUUAAGUGUGUUGUGAUAUUAAAGUUAGACCAGAUGAACUAUAGAGAUGUUUGGAAACCCAGUACUUUAUAUCAUAACUCAAUACAUAAAGCUAGGUCAGUAAUACAUUUCAAUAAAACCUUGCUAAAACACUACAGAAGCUGCAUCUGUGAUUCAAAAAGGACUUUAUUCUUUCAUACAGAUCUCAGUAAAAGUAGCACUGUGGUUCAAGUAUAAAUCUACAUGGGACUUCUGAUGUGCCACCUGUUCCCAGUGGUGUUCAUUACAUCUCAAAAACCUUUUAGUAAUACAAUUGACACUUUUUUCACACUAGUAGAAAAGGUGGCAUCCACUAGAAAGCCCUCUUGGAUUCCUCAGUAUGUCUUCACCUCCUGUUGAGCCACUUCGAGCAGGAUCUGUAGCUGCUUGCUGCAGUAAUCUGAGAAAAUUCAAGAGGGCAAAAAUGAUCAAAUACUCUGCAUACUUGUUUUUGGAUUCAUAGGAAAAUUAUGCUAACUGGUCAGAUCAAGGCUAGGCACAGCCUGAGUGGGACCAUUUAGAUUUGAUGGGGAAAAACAUACAGAUGGUUACCAAGGGAGCUCAAUAGAUUCCUCAGGAUGACAACCUGACACACUGAUCAUUUCACACAGCGAGAGUCAGGAGAGAGAUAACAUUACCUUUGAGCCACUUCCUAUAAAAGAUUUACUUUGAAAAUACACAGAUAUGUUGGGACAAGAAGAGGGUUUGCACAAAUAUAAUGAUUAUUUCACAGAUGACUACUUUGUGUUGCUGUCUAUUCUUUCUGAGAAAUAAAUGUAUAUUUUAAUCUUACCAAAAAUUCGUCUCAAUCUUCGGGGCAGGCGAUAUCUCUUAAUAGUCACAUAGUAAACUGGAACCCCUGUCAGUGUCAGAACACAGCUCCGCCCCGUGUUCCAGGGGUCCGAGUACAGAGACAAACCAACGAUGAAGAAACAAACCACUGUGAAGGUGACAGCAAUGACCAGAGGCACCUUUGGGUGAUAAAAAACAGCAAAAUAAAUAGUCAGGGGCCGUGAUGCAGGAUGUUGCACAUUUUGGUUGAAGAACUUCAAAGACAUUCACCUUAAAAGGUCUGGGGUGGAGCGGGAAGCGAUAUCUGUGGAUGAGCAUCCCCAAGGUUGCCAAGGCGAUGAAGAACCAGCGAGAAAAGGAGGCAAAGUUGAUGAGCUGAUAGAUCUCUCCUGUGAUUAACAUCAACACCACCAGGGGGUACUGCAGACACACAACAUAACAGUGUUGGCAUAUCAAACAGUUGUCUGUGUCAGCUGUGAGCAGGGGUGUCAUCAGGGAUUCUGGGCCCCAUGAAAAGACACCACAGUGGGCCCCAACACCACAACUAAACCAAACCUGUUUCUGUUUGAAGUCAUAAAGAUUAUAGAAGGACAAGCUGUUUGAUACCUCCUCAUUUCAGGACAGAAACACAAAUAAAGGUGCAGCUGACUGGAGGGAGACUACCAGAGCACCAGAAGUGUUAGGUAAAUAAAUGAUUUCUAAUCAAUGAGAGCCUGUUGACUUGAUUAACAAACUGAUGGAUUAAUAAUAUCCAUCUCAGAGUUUAUGAUCUUGUGAAGAGGCAGAUAUUUCAUAACAGUGAUGUGUUUAUCAAUAAGCAGUUUUAUUUCAUGAUAAAAAAUAAUACACGUGUGAUUUCAAUUUAAUUGUUGUGUUUUGCUGAUAGUCUACAGAGUUGAAUAAAUUUCUGAGUGACUGACUUUAUGUUCAGUGCUUACAAUACACAUUAGCAGAUUACUUUUUCCUCAAAAAUCAGAAUAUAAAUAAUCAGAUUACUUUUCAUCAGUAAUCAGAUUGCAUGUAAUCAGAUUACUUUUUACCGAAAACUUAAAUGACAUGUAAUUGACUACUUUUUGCAAUGAAGGGCUCACAAACAUACAAUCAGAUUACUCUUUCCGUAGCACUCAAAUAACAUGUAAUUAGAUUUCUUUGACUUAAACUCUUAAGUAAAUUUUAAUCAGAUUACUUUCUCCCGAGUACUUCAAUCACAUGUAUUUAGAUUUCUUUUUCUUAAAUUCCCUGGUUACAUAUAAUCAGAUUAUUUUUUCCUGACUACUCUGAUUGUAAGUCAUAAAGUGACUUUUUUUUCUGACUACUGAAAUUAUAUCUCUUAGAUUACUUUUAUCUGUGUACUUACAUGUAACCAGAUUACUUUUUACUUCUACUAAGAAAACACACAAUCUAGAGGAAAAACAGCUAUUGUGCUAAUUCUGACAUAUUUACAUUGACGCAUACUGCUCAAAUAUGUGUUUUUUCCUAAUUAGAUUAACUCAAUUAGAUGAAAUAAAAUAGAAUAAAAAGUGUUUACCAGGAACAGCACAGCAGGUAAAGGUGUUGUCUGCGGAUGUGAAUCAUGGAGAAGAUUGGGGGCCAGUGACCCUCUCUGGCUCCCACAAACAGCAUCCUGCAAUAUAGAAACAAAAACUUAAAACCAGAAUCUUUGUUGCCAUUUUUAGUUGAGAAACAGAAAUACAAAAAACAAAGAGGAAAACAUCAGUCUGGGUUAAGAUUACCUGGGCGACCCAAAGAAGCCACCAUUUAGGGCGCCAAGGCAGGACAGGGCCACAAGAAUGGGAAUCACAGAAGACAAGCCCUGGAGAGCACGGUUCGCAAAUGUCUGCAGGCCAUCAGAAGCUCGAUUAGACCAUCAUUUAAACUCCCAAGACCCUUAAAACUUAAAAGAUUUUCUUUUUUCAGGCCCACCACUGACCACAGCUACAGCAUCAGAGCGCAGCAGCUCAGCGGGAGUCAUCAUGGUGUAAUAGGCCACAUUAACAAGCACAUAAAAGACCGUCACUGUCACCAUGGAGCAGAUUAUUGCCAGUGGGAUGGUUCUGAUGAGACAAGAUACAAGCAGAGAAACGAUGAUAAUUUCAAGACGGUAAGGCUUUUAUAAAGAUUAGAGUGAGGAAGGAAUGUUUGAUUGAAAUACCUGUUCGGGUUUAUGACUUCUUCUGUGACAAAGUUCAGAUAAAACCUGAAAAAAAUGGAAAUUACAGCCUCCAUAUCCUCCACGGUUAUGUUUGUGUAAAUGUUCAUACUCUAAUGCACACUUUCUUACCAUCCACCGUACGCAUACAGGCCAUUAUAGAAGGCAAGUGGUAACUUAUCCAGUGUUAAAGUUUCAAUCUCAAAUCCAUUCUGGAAGUUCUCUGUUUUUCCUUAAAAGCAGAAAACGCAGAGAAAGACAAAGUUUUACAACAGAAAUAGCAAAUUUACAUCAUUUGAAAAUUGGAGGAUUGCCUUUUGGAUCCACAACUAUUUCCUUCUACCUUUUGCCAGUGCAAUGACACCAGGAAUGAUGAUGAGGACCAGUGCAAACAUCUUAAUAAACGUCAAAGUGACCUGAGUGCGAGAGGCCAUGGUCACACUCCAGCAGUUGACCGCCACGACAAAUGCUAAAACACACAAAUCAAAUAUUCAUAAAAGUUCAGUAUAUUUAGUACUCUUUGAGGAUACAAAAGAUGUUUAAAAUAACUGUUUAUAGAGAGAGGAUUAUGUUGGCCACCACUCACUCACUCCAAGGAUGCUAACAAGUUUGAUUAGUGCUGUAGGAGCAGCACAAGGUUCAAAGAACGGCUCCACAACAUAGCGACCAAAAGCCAGGGACACAUAGGAGGCCACAGCAGGUCUGGAAAAGAAAAGUGAUUUCACUUCAAAGUUCCUGUAAAAUCAUUUCUAUAUAUUCUAUAUCAAUCAAUACUUUGGGCUUUUCUUGGAAAAAAUAUCAAAAUUUAUUGCCUAUUACCACUUAGCUGUAUUUUGGGACACUGAAAUCAGAACAGAUAGGAAAAAAACAAAGACAACCAACCUGAUGAAUAAGAACUCAACCCAGAGUCGUAAAAAGGCCGGCAGAGGUCCCAGUGUCUCCAGGAGAUAUGUGUAGUGGCCCCCUGACUUUGUAAAACUGGUGCCCAGUUCGGCAUAGCAUAACGCCCCUAAUGGUGAAGAAAGCAGACCAGAGAAAAAUAUCAAAUACAGUCGGGGGGUUCAACAAAGUUUGAUGGUUUUCAAACUGAAAAAGUGAACGCUGGCAUUAAACCAUGCUACAAAUCAUCCCUAAGUUGUCCCAUAAAAACUGGAAAAAUUAUGUCAAUUUAUGUCAAUUUUGAUUCACAUUAUUUAGUAGAUCAAUUCCAGAGUUAAACUGUAACAGCAAACAUGAGUUACACCAUCAAUCGACUUACCAAACAAAGAGAGGACCCCACAGAGCGCCCACACCAGCAGGGAGAGCCCCACGCUGCCACUGUUCAUCAGGACCCCCUUGGGUGCGAUGAAGAUGCCACUGCCCACCACUGUGCCAAUGAUGAAGGACACUGCUGACAGCAGACCGAUCUCUCUUCGUAGGUGCACCACCUCUUCUCCUGUCUCCUCCUUCUUGCCAUCCUCUUCUGGCUUCAUCUCCUUGUCUUAGCCUCAGUAGAUCCAACUUUAAAACCACAAACUGCUCACAUUUAGCCAAACCUGUCCAUGUUUUCUCCUACAUGUUAGUCUUGCAAACCAAAGUUCUUACCUCUGUUUUGGUUGUUGCUGCUGAAUCUUAAUCACUCUGCAAACAGUCGAAACAACAAUUCCCUCCCGCUUCCUGUUAACCCUCUGGGUGCACAUUUGCAGCCAUGUCUGAGAAAAAUGUGCAUAAAACAUAAAGCUGGGGUCGACGGAAACAACGCUGGCCCCUUCUCCUCCCCUCCCCAGUCACACUGCUUGUUUUUCUCCCCUCAUUGGCUCUUAUCCCCCUCCACUCCCCCCAAAAGCCAGUGCAGGGAACAAAGCCAGCAGUCAUCCAAGCUUUGGAAAGUAAUUACAGCAGUUUAAAGUCUCCACACUUUCCUACAUUGUGUCGUCCGUGUGUUUACAGCUUGAUGGAGGUCUUUUGGGGCUCUUGGGAAAAAGGGGUCAGGGUGCUGUGGAGGCAGCUGCACGGACUGCAGGAGGGCAACUUUCAAUAACACCACCUGGACAUUCUUUUUUAUCUGAAAAAAUUUAAACUCAAUCAAAACUUGAAGUAUUUGCACAAUAUUUCUGCCAACAUCAUUAUGGGAGGCAACAGAAACGAGACAAAUCCCAGAGGACACUCUUUUAACUUGUUUCCCUUUAUUUACACUUGACUGACCGCUCUAUGGAUGUCACUUUCACUCCAUCUGGCAGAGCGAUAGCUGAGCUUGUUAAAAUUCUUCCACUCACAGAGAUCUGUACAUACUUAACUCCACAGCAUGUCAAGUGUUGAAAUCCCAACUGCUAUCAAUGCCAGGAAACGUCAUCUGGAUGGAUUCAAAAUUCUGACAGAAAAAUGUCGAAAGAUUUCAGAAUUUAUUGCACGCUCUUGUCAGGAAUUUAGCAGGAUCAUGUGAUGUUUUGUUUUGUUGGAGGAAGCAUCAGAGGGAUGCAGAGAUGGGGGAUGUUCUUGGGAAAUUCCAACAACUACUCAAGCAGGUUUUCCUUAUUUUGUGUAUAACCUAAUGUAAGACGUAAUGUAAUCCUCACUGAAAAUAUGACAUGAAGAAAACAAGACCUGAACGUCCGGCUGAUAUAUCUCCAAUGCAUCAAGUAAAACCUUGUGUUGAGUCUCUUGAAAUAAGACGAUUCGGAUGAAAGGAAACUUUCAUCAGGAAAGAGUACAAAAAUCAAUCAGUUUAUUAACUGCAAGAUCACUUUUGUUAUUUUGUUGUUUUGUUUUGUCGACUAGAAUGUUUUUUACACUGGCAGAACAAAAGGACGCCUACAGGACAGACUGGCAGAACACAAAUAUGCAAUAAGAACUGGAAAUAUUCACUACCCAAUGGCAAAACACUACCUGGAAUUCUAGAACAGCAACCCAGAUUCAUUACAAAUCAUUGGUAUUGACCAUCAGAAAAGGUGACAGACAAAGGGCCAAUCAAAAAGCUCCUUACAAUCAAAGAGCUAUGAUCAUCCAAUUAGUUUGCUCUUAUCAAUCAGCUGAUCAAAGAGCUUCUUUUAUUUGCCACUUGGAACGUUCCUUACAAUUGGCCAAUCAGAGAGCUUCUUACAUUCUAACAGGCAGGUCAGUUUGGUGGUGAACAGAGCAGCAGCAGUGAGCAGCUGUCAAUCUGUCAAAAAUCACCCUUAUUAUCUGUAUUUUUUAAAUUCAAAUUUUAUUACUUGUUAUUAAAUGUCUUCUUACAUAAAGUUUAACUAAAAUCUGCGGCUGAAAGUUCAACAUUUUAGGCUGAGGAAAUUCUGGGCCCAGGCUCCAGCCUCAAGCAUUUUCCACAAGGCCAGGCCCAGGCUUAGCAGCAGCAGCUAGCUGCCACCAGACUAAGCCCAGACCACUAGACCACUAUCUGUGCCCUCCUUUGGACUGCAUUAAGGAAUUUCUUUGUCUGUACAUCUUCUGCUGAUGACUAUCAUGCAUUAUGGGCCCAGAGAAAGCAAAUCAGAAGGAUUUGUGAGCUGCUUGAUCAGCAGAUUUUUAAGAUCUGAUUGAGCAACAAGAAGGAAACCGCUAAGACCUUUGCAGAGACAUUCAAGGAAUCAAAUCAUCAAAGCAUGGACAACAUCAUGGGGGAUACCCGGGAUAUUGAGGACAGUCUACAGUUUUCCCAAGAUGUCCAGAGAGCAUUUCAAGUGAGUUUGAAUCCAUCCAAGUUUCCUUUGACAGACUCUUUGGGAAAUAAGAACACCUGGACAGUCGAUCUAAGAAAAACAACAUCAUUGAUGGAGUCUCUGAAGACAGGGGUGAAUCGGGCCAAGUCACUGAAGGUAAAGUCAAACAACUGCUGGUUGAAAAGCUAAAAUCUGACCCUAAAUCAGUUGAGUUUAAAUAUUUCUGAUGACACGCUCAUAUUUAGUUUGAGAGUACUCUUAUUAUCUUCCAUGAAUCAAAAUAGAAAAACUGAUUUCCUUUUUUCCCCAAUACAUCUGCAGAGCAUGUAAUGAGAGUGAAGGAAAUUUAAAACUGUCUUUGAGAUGACCUCAGGGAGUUUGAAUCAAAUGUUGCUCAAUGUGUUUUUCUUGAGAUUACUUCAUGUCCCUCUCUUGAGUGAUGCAGUAUUAUUAUAGUGACCAUUAACUGUCUACAAAAUACAGAAAAUGACCAUUUUAAUCAGCUGUUAACAGGUGUGUUUGAAAUUCUGUCAACUAAUGACCUACAAGCUGUUUUUAAUGCUGUCCAGACAACAUGCCAGCAAGAUAGAGGCUUCGACUGCUCUUUAGAAAUUAAUGAACAUCCUCUCAGUAAACAACAAAUAAUCAUCAGAUAUGUGUUAAAAUAUAAAUUUAUGUUUCUACCUUUCUCUUUAAAAUCCUCAUUUAGAAACUUUUUUUCAAUUAAAUUCUCAGAUUCAUUGGUAUACUAUCAGAACAGUACAUGUCAGUGUUUGGGUCCUACAUUCAUUCCUUUACAACAGUAGGUGGGAUGCCCAUAAAUAUGUUAAAUAAAAGGAAUGGUUAAUUCUGUAUCACUUACACUCAUAAUCUAUGAAUGAAAGCCAUGUAACUCAGUCACCUGAAGUUGUGGUGUUCAAAAUACACGUGUAUAAGUUUAGACACUAGGUGGCAGCAGAUCUCUUUCUGAGAUGUAACAGUGUUGUUUGCAGAGCAGUCAUAAACUCACUUCUUUGUCUGGGUUUACCAGACAAAUGCAGCAACUUUCCUUUGCUCCAUUAUUCCUCUGUUUGUAGUUCCUUAGAGGAGCUUCAAGUAUUGCCAUUUCUGUUUUAGUACAAAGCCCUAAUAUAUCUCAAAAUAUACUGUAAGUAGCAGUCAGAGUGUAUGGCUCUCCUUGUUUCCCCUCUAUACUCCAAACCAAUCUGCUCUCAUAAACUACUUUUUUUCCUCUGUUAAGUAAACUUGUUGUUGUCUCUUGUGCAUCCCUGUAUUGUGUUUGUGUGCCCACAAACAGCUUCAGUUGGCUUUGCCUGAUGCUCGGAUGUUAACUUACUCAAAAGAUGCAUAUGGAGAGUAGGAGGAGAUAUGCGUAAGUGAGUGUGGGAUUUUGUUGUCGUCACAUGUGACCUCUUGAUUCAGUUUUACACCACAGAGAUACCGAUGUUUACAUUGGGCGCACUCCUUCUCUAGUUUUCAAAGAGUUAUACAGAGUGAAACCUAAAAAGUUAAAUAGUUUAUCACAGUGUGUAGUAUUAUACACAUUUUAACACUAACCAAAUCGUAGCGUCUUGCCACCCUUUGGUUAAGAAGUAUGUCUAAAAACCACAAAUCUAACCGGUAAUGAGAAACAUUUGUGUAAGUGAAAUGAUUAUUUCAUCGUUGACUACUUUUUAAGCAUUAGUUUUUAUGGUGAUGUCUAUUUUUAUAUCACGUUAGCCAGCCUAGGCCCUAUAAAUGCCUUACUUUACAGAUGUCUUAUUUGAAUGACUUGAAUUUACCCAAGAAUCUUUGUAAAUUGAAGCUCCUGUGACAAAUUUUAGGUUUCAAACAUUAGCCUCAUCUUUUUUGUUUUAACAGUUGAAUUUUCACUCAUGCGGGAUAUUUGCCUGGGAAAAUGUAAGAGAGAAGCUCAGUCUUGAUAACUUUAUCUAGCACCUACCAUGAAGCACUAGUGUCUGGCACUGGAAAUAAAUAUGGAGAAAGAGUCAAUUUCCAUGCUGUUGGUCUUAUUUGGUUUUGUAGGUCAUACUGACUCAUCAGUAUUAAUUUUCGUCUGUUUCAUAACUGCUCACAAUAGUUUGAAGUUACAAUUUGUUGGUUUAUUUGAGGAAAACUGCCAGUACCUAGGUAAGACUCCUCAUCCUGGUGCGGGAUUUGGUGUAUAAUGAUGAGGGUAAGACCACCAGUGUUGUGGUUUAAGCAGUAAUGGACUUACAACCCUCUACUGAAUGCUUAUGUGAUCGUAGACGUUGGAGGCUGAAAAUCACCAGUUAUAAACUUACUAAACAGAAACACCAACGUGUUCCCCUACAGUAGAUAUCCUGAUGUAACACACGUAAAACUGUGUUAUCAGUGAAAUGUUGCUUUUUAACAGCAGGAAUGAUGUUGACGCCAAUGUCUUAUUGUCUCAAAGUAGCAACUAAAAUGCAAUUGUGAUUUUUUUAUUGACUAAGUGUUUUUCAGUUAUGGUCCACUUAAGAUAGGCUAAAACUAUGUGGGGCAAAAAUGACUCAAUUGUGACGUAAACCAAGACAUUUUCAUCUUUAAACUAAGACUAAAUUUAAAGUCGUUGCCAAUUAGGAGACAAAGAAAGCCUUACUUCUUUCUAGACUCUAUUGAUUCUCCCCAAGACCUUCCUGUGAGGGUUACCAGACCAGAGAGUAGUCAUGAAUAAACCAUGGGGCACUAACUGGGGAUGUGAAUGUGCAAAAGUGAGUUGAUUGCCAAAGAGCCACAAACUUCUGUAUGUUUUCUGCUGUGUGCAACGUGAAUAUAGCUUUAAAGAUAAACACAACACUUAAAUUCUUCUUGAGUUGAGCAGGCAUGUUGUAAAACUGUGAUCAACAGGCUUCAUCAGGUGUUACCCUGAGAGACACUGGUAGACCGGUUGGGUAUUGACAUUCAGCUCGGCCUCUUAGGCUGACCUUUGCUUCUACAUACGUUAUUCUGCUGUUAAUGAGGAGGAAGUCGAUUUCAUCACACUCCCAGAGCAGUUCGAUUUAAACUGGUGAGCUGCAGAUUAUGCUUUUUGUCGCCAGUGUCAGUGGUUUUGAUGGCAGUCGUUGAAGGAUUUCUUAUCGCUUGGGGGUAAAGAAUGGUUUCUACCAAUUAUGUGGUCAAAUACCGUGAAACAAUGGAAAUACAUCAACUUAAUGCUUCAACCCUGAUAGUAAAACGCGGUAUUGAACCUUGUUUAUAAUUGCCAAUGACCAUCCAAUCAUACAGGUAGUCUGGCCACUGAAGGAGUGGGUUGAACACAGAGGUCGUAAAUUCACUGAAAUGAGCCCAACCCUGGUCAAACGCCACCUUGGGUCGUUGAAUUCUGACCUUUCAUGAUUAAAUGUGUCCAGGGUUUUAAAAUGCAUUUAGCUUUCUUCCUGCCGUGUUCCUGGGUACACUCAAGGGAGGGCUGUUAGUCAACCUUCAGACUUAUGACUUUGAGGCCACUGUUGUCCUGGGGAUUCAACACAGACCUCUAUCUGAAAUUGUAAACCCAUUGUAAGGAAAUAUGGGUUCGCUGUAUUCCCUAUAGAGUCAUGAAUUGGCAUGGAAACCUGUUGUCUUGGUGACUCGAAAUGAUAGAUCUGUGUCUGUUGCUCAAAUGGCGGCAACCUGGUCUGUGAUAUUUCCUUACUAUGGAGAGGAGGAAGCUGUUACAAUCUAAAACUCACCAUAAUAUCUGAAAAUCCAACCGUUUCUAAGCUUAUGUUUGCCAAACUAAUCCUAGCUUUAUAUUCAACGCACAACUGAUUAAACAUGUCACUGUAAGGUUGUUUUCUCUCAAUAUCUUUUCAAUGAACAGUUGCUCAGAUUUCAUAUUCCAGCCUUUCAAAGCUUCAUAUCCUGUGGGAUCUCAAGGAAAUGUUUGAUUCUUAUUGGCUGCGACUGUUAGGAAUGUCUAUACGGUGGACUAUACUUGUUAUUUCAGAGGUGUCACCUUUAAUACAAAACACUUCCGCAUCAUGAUCUGACAAAUGUGAAUAUCAUCUUCAUUUUUACCUCAGAAAACACCUGAUGUCUUUAAAUUGAUGGUUUUCAACAACAUACUUAACAUCAGACUCUACCUGAUAGUUUACUGCAUGAGGGUGUGGCAUGGCAGCAGUGGAUGAGGCUUCUGGAAUGAUGGGUGCUGGAAUUCUGGGGGGAAGGAGGUCCUUAAAGAAACAGAAGCUUACAUGAAGCAUUUAAAGGGAUACUCCGGCGUGAAAUUAAUUUAGGGUCAAACACACCGUAACACUGACUUAGACACCCCCUCGAGAGACGAAUGUUGCCGAUUGCUUGCUUCUCUAGUUGUACCAACUUUAGUAACGGCCGCAUGAUAACAAUACACAGCGGUCUGGGGAGCCAUAAACAAACCUCAACCAAAACGCCACUCUAUAUCCACAAAUAAUGCUCAGAACAGCACCUAACUUCAUCAACAGUACAUACAGGGUCCCAGCCAUAGCACUAGCCACCAAAUAUCUUUUUAACUUUGCUUAAUUUCUUUAGCAAAGAGACUAACACAACUCACCUACUCUCCUCCAGCAGUCGCUUGUUGUAGGGAGACCUCAGGCCAGUCCAUUACAGACUACAGUGGGGUGACGCAGCUCAAUGAAGAACAUUUUUGAUCAUUUUUUCAUGGAAAUGCAGUCAGACGGAGAUGCUAAGGCAGAAGAACUACCGCGUCUGCAGUGCAAAAUGAUUAAUAUGGUGAUUAUUACUUCAAGGAAAUUAUAAAGUUAUGAUAAAUUUUCUUAAUUUUAUGCCGGAAUAUCUCUUUAAGACGGAGGCUUCAAUUCAAGAAGCCAGAAUCUGAAGCCCUUAAUUUAUAAAAGCUAUGAUAAAUUUUCAGAGGGACGAUAUGAAGCCUUAAAAUGACAACAGCCCUUUGUUUUUAGGGCUGGCUUUUAAAUAUAUUACCAUCAGCUGAUUCCACAUCCUUCUAAUAGAGGUGUGAGGAAUACAAAAAAGUCUGAUAACCGGAUCAAAUAUAUGCAAGGUGUCUUUUUAAUUGGGUUGGAAUGCUUUGAACAUAAGAAAUGUUGCUGGUCAUAUUGUGUGAGUACAGAUAAGCUGUAAAUGUCACCCUCUUUUUUAAUUGUGCCUGUCUUCUGAGUAAUGGCACCCAUUGGGAUUUAGGGUUUAUAGUGAGUUUUUCACUUUUUUUUUUUUCACUGAGACAAGAUUUACGACACCCACAGCUAUAAUAAUAUGAUUUAUUAUGGUGAGGUGUGAGAGGUUUUCAAUCACACUGUUGUCUCUGUGUGAUUGAAAUGGAGAACUCAAAGCCGAUUUCUCUCACCCAGAAAUAUUUCCAUGGAGCUGAACCAGCCUGAUGGCGGAGGGACACUGGGGUUUAGACUGGGAAGUGACUGAUAGCGCCGAGUCCGAGGCAGUAAUCUAAACCCUGGGUAUCUGUCAGAUUCUUGGCUCAGACAGGGAAGAGGAGCUCUGGAAGUGGCUGGGGAGAGAGUCAUGGUUGUUGGCCAGACAGCCACAGUGUAUGAUGAGGUUUGGGUAACAAACAAUGGAGAAAUAAACUCCUGCUGCCUGUACGCACAGUUAUUUUCUGUUCUGUUGCUGUUCAGUUUUAAUCUACAAAUUAUAUCAUCAGAAAAAAAAAGUACAUCCAUGAAACCUUUUAAAAUGUUAAUUUCUUAUAAUAUCACGCGAUAUUUGUGCAUUUUCUCGUCUACAAGCAGUCAGAAACAGGUUCAUAUUUUGUUAAUUUUUACUAAAAGAUUGGCACUACUAAAAUAAUAGUUUACUUGUGCAAAUAGUUUACACAUAUUCAUUCUGCUCACGUUAAAACAUACUUUUUUUCGCAAACCAUCCAAUUAUUUACAUUGGGAAAUACUGCCACAGUAAUGAACUCCUCAGUAAUCUCAUAAAGCCAACCCUUUCAUAAUUCCCAAACCCAGAUAUAAUGGGAUUGGAUACUCUACAUGUACGUCUACAGGCCAGUCCAAACCAAACAUCACUAAGUGCUGACUCGUCUGUUUGCACACUGCCACUGCUGAUCACCCGCCACAGUGAGAUCUCCUGAUUGCAUGUCGGCUGCGGUUUCGUAUGCAUACAUGUUCUGAGUCACACAUUGAACAGGGCUCCGCUCUCAUUUCAUGCCUCAAGGCUUUGUCUAAUUAGCUUUUCUGUUUAACUAUAAACUUUUCCCCUUUUCACAAGACUUAAUCAGCCUGCCUGGGCCCAUUAUUUAUACUUUCACAGAGAAAACUAAAUAUAGUGUCCGGUGCCGCUGAAGCUGGAGGAGGGAUGUGGGUUUAAAGUCCAUUGGAGGGGAGUUGAAGUUCCUUGGCAGGGGAUUCGAGGAACGCUCUGUAGCGCUAGGGAUGAGUCAUAAUUAUCAGCUUGUUAAAUAAUUCAGUGAUUCAUUCAGUGCUGUGUCUGUUUUCCCUCUCUUUUCUUGUCUCUGAUGCUUUUAGCCAGCUCAGUUUAGGAUUUGGUUGCAUUGACCAAGCUUUAUUUGGAACAGCUGGAAACCCUGAUCUGAAAUAGCCUUUCGACUCUGCAAUGGAGCGUCUUCUCUUUAGAGUCAAAAAACUUUAAAAAUUGAUUGCAGUCUAAAUAAAAAAUAUCACAUCAAAAUCUAGGCUUUCAUUUCCUUUAAAAAGGAAGUGGUGGUCCCUCAAAAAAGUAGGACCACCUUGGUGAUUAUCAGCCCACAGCCACAACGCCAGCAUUUGUGUUUGUCUAGGGUUUAGUCUCCACCUGAAGGGACUCAAUUUUUCAUCACUAUUGGUUCACCAUGAAUAACCCCACUUAUUAUCCAGUUAACAACUAGAUUCAAAAGGAUAUUGGCACUGCACAUCUAUAAUGUUUAGCCGACCAAUUUAGCAUGCUAAUGAGAACUAAUGCAUUUGCCGAUGGUGUCAACAACACAAGUAAAAUGUGCCACAACCGCUUUCCAUGAGUUGAUAUGACAUGCGAUCUGCUAGUUUCUGGCACUGCACUUGUUAUGCAGGGUUAAAAAACGUUGUUGAGGAGUUUAGACCAAUCAGAAUCGAGUAUUUAAUAUAGUUGUAUAGCUAUAGAAAAUGCCUUUCUUUGGGAAAAACCUUACAUGAUGCUACUCUACAAUGUGCACGUGAUACAACAGCAUGGCUCAGUAGUAGAAGAGUCUGGGUGCUCAACUAGCCUACAUUUAGUUUUGACGUUUUUCAACAUCUGAUAUAUCCUUGCACUAAUUCGCACAUUACUUAAAUAUAUUUGUAUUAACGAUUUAUACAACAUCCUAACUUAUUUGGAGUUCAUAAUUUGUGUGCAUUUUUACUAUUUCUGUCAAAUUUCUUGAGGCUUUCAAACAAUUUUCCUAAAUGAGGCGGUUCAUUUCAAAUAUUCGGCAGCUUCUCAUCAAACACUGCACCUCCUUCCCCUCAAGCAGCUCUUUUUCCACUCUAUAAUCACUCUGCUACAGGCUAAUUCUCCUGUUUUUUUAGUUUUGAACAUAUUCUCUAUCCAAGUUUUAACCCCAGCAUCCACUCUAGCCACUUCUUACAUUCCUUUAAUGAACCCCAGAUACCCCCUGCAGUAUUACUUUCAAGGCGUUAAAACCUCACGGUGAUCCCCAGAGAAAUACACUGAAGCUUUUCCCCUCUCACUAGCCUAAAUAACCAGUCUAGCACUGGUGAGAUUUGCUGGUUUCCAGUCUCUCAGGGCCCAAUGUGUAUCCUGCUCUUGCUACAGCUUGAAUUAUUUAUGCCUGCAGCCGAUCUGGCCUCUCAGCAGGCCCAAGACACUUUGCUUUUGAAAUAGAGAGUACAUGGCAUUCAGGAGGAAAUAAUGCAUUGUUCAAAAGACGGUAUAAGGAUGGAGCCAGAUGAUUUUUUUUUUUUUUUUUAUGUCGAAAAAGUAAUUCCCUGUCACUGCAGAGAAGAAAUAACAGGCAGUUAGGGAAGACUAAGAAGACUUAAUGGCAAUCAUGCUGCUUUAAAAGACAACACAUCCACUAUUAUAGGCACUGCAUGGAUUUUAGCUGCUCAUAAAGAAUAAAAUAUACUUCCAGUAACUCGGAUUAUAUGAUGUUCCAGUGAAUAAGUAUUCAUUCUCUUACUUUGUAUUCCCAUGAUAAGCUGGAGAGGUGGUCAAUCAUCCCUCUGAAUCAUACGAAUCAAUGCUGGGGAGAGUACAAAGCCCUUUGACACUGGCCUCAUAAAACCUUUAUAGGGACGCCAUCAAUCACCUGUCGCCUGCGCAAGAAAGACCUUGAGGGGAGGCCCGGGUGCACCGAGGGACCCGGCUAUCUUGUUUAUCACACAUAACAAGAUUCAUUACAUAUGGAGGAUGUUAGAGAUGUUAGGAUGAGCUGUAGCACAGAUUUCAAGUUUGUUGUUUAGAGAGUUUAAUAUGACAUCAGCUCCAUUUUGUUGCAUUUAUGUACAGCUGAGUCCAUUAACCGAGAAGCUAACUCUCUUGUUGUCUCUUGUUGUUUUGCUUCUCUUUUUAGUCAUUUUUGGUCUCAUUGGGUUGUUUUAAGACGUUUUGUUUCUGCUUCACAUAUCUUUGUUUUGUAUCUUUGUAUCUAUCAUGGUGUGAUUUUCGUAUCUCUAUGUUGUUGGGUUUUUUUCACCUCUUUGUUUUUGUUGUUUUGGUGGCUUUGUUGGUUCUCCUUCUGUUUUGGUUGACUCUUGUCGUUUUCGGUCAAGCUUUUGGAUAAUUUUGUUUCUACAGAUUCUGAGUUGUUUCAAGUCUAUUGUGUUUUUUUAGGUCGCUUUGUGUAUUGGUUUUGCUUUUAACUCUUCAAUCAAUUUAAUUUGUUUUGUCUGAUAUCGUGCUACUGUUGAGUUAUUUUCUCUUCAUUUACUUUGUUUUCAGCCCCCUUGUAGUUAUGUUGUGGUGUUGUUUCUUAGAUCAAUCAAGUCUUUUUAGGUUGCUUUGAGUCUUUGUUUUUGUGUGUAUAUCUUUGUUUCUAAAUUCAUUUUUGUAGUUUUCAUUGUUUGUAUGUUUAUCAGUCUUUACCUUUGUAUACUUACUGUAAAAUUGUUCUUUUUUGUCUCCCUUUCAUUUGUUUUGAGUCAUUGUGAAUUGUGAAACUCUGUGGUCAUUUAUGUCUUAGUAAAUUUUCAUGUCUCUCUCAUUCUAUUUGUAGUUGAAGAAUUUUGUGGUUGUUUUGAGACUUAAUAGUCUUAAAUUCCUUUUGUUGUAAUUAUUCGAUUAGUUUUAUGAAACCUGUUGGUUGUUUUUUGUCUCAGCUACUUAAGUUCAUCUGCUUAGUCCUUUGGGGAUCUCUUUGUAGUUUAUUUGCACUUUGUUUUUCUAAUGCAUUGUUUCAACCAAUACAUACUAGAGAACUGUUACCUAAGUAUAUGGGCUGCCUUGUUGGACAAACCAUAAUGGAUUAAAGAAAAUGUGCUGAGAUGCAAAAACGAACAUUUUAUUUGCCCUUUUCCUAAACAGUAAUGUCAUGGGAAGCUGGAGCACGGGAAAUGACUUUUAAAUACCAAGAAUGACUACUUGUACAAACCUUUGACACUACCUGCUUUUUCCUGGAGACCUGUGGUGAGAGUCUUAUUGCUGUUGACAAAAUGCCCUUUAAAGAGCCUUCAUCUCAGCAAUGAACUGCAGCGACACUUUUCUGUCUUCUUUGCACCAUUAGCCAACCCUUUAUUACCCUUUUAUAAACCCUUAAUUACAUGCUUGAUAAAUCCUUUAUUACACAUUAAUUACACAUUUAUUACUUCCUUUACUAACCCUUGAUUACACCCUUUAUGACAUAUUAUCACACUCUUGACAAAUACUUUUACACCUUAAAUACACUAACCCAUCGUUACACUCUUCAUGAACACAGUUAUUACACCAUCAUAACACAUUUUACCCAUAUUACACAUUUAUUACAUCCCGAACUUUCCGUAUAUUACACUCUUAUCUAACCGUGAUAACACCCUCUACUACCCUUCAUUUCAUUCUCCUGCUAUCGUCUAUUUAACCAUUAAUUAAAUGUUUCCUGUAUCGUAAGUACAUCCUUUCCAAACCCCUUAUUACACUCUUUAUAAACCUAUUACUACACGUUUAUUACAUGUGCAAUUAACUCUGGCAAACCCUUUUAUCACAAACUAAAUUACACAUAACAACCUCAACUAAGCCUCAAUGUCAUUGUCUAGUAACCCUUUAUUUGACCAUUGAUUAAACGUUAAAUAUAUAUCUAUUACAUAUUUUACAAAGCAUUAUUACACUUUUUAUUAACCUUUUAUUACACCUUUUAUCAACACUGACAAAACCUAUAUUUCUGUCUAAAUAACACACUUAACCAACCCUUUUAUUACACUCCUAACUAACCUUGAAAUUUACCUUUAUAACGCCCUCAAAUUAACCUUGAUUUCAUUAUUUAGUUACUCCUAAUGUAAAGAAUACAGACUUUAGGAUGUUUUUUUCAUCUAAAUUUCCAAGUGCCCCAACCAAAUACAAAAAAGAGCAAGUGUUGCAUGCCAUAACACAUUUCCCCCAUGGUCUUGACACCUUUUUAGUGCUCCCAUCAAUCAGUGACAUUACUUGGAGGUCAGGAAGUAUUUUUCUGUCCGUGUGGAAAUUGCACAGAGAUCUAAGCUUUGCCCCCCCCCCCCCCCCCAUGUUGAGGCGAGGCAGCAAGUGGCUUUGAGGCCCUGCAGCAAAGAGUUGAUGUUCCAGUGGCUGCAAAAGAGCUCUGCAGAGGGACAUAUAGUGAGUACAUAAACAGUGAGUUUUCUGAAACGACAUUUGAGUACAACACUCUAUCUUUACAGUUACACUGCUUGCAGUAAAUAGCACUAGCUGAAGAGUGAAACGCUAUGAGGACACAAAAAACACUUGCACACUACUAGAAGCUUCCCAUUUGACCAACAUUUGUGAUUUUGCACGCUAAAAAGUAGGAAUUUCUCUGUAGCUUCUAUCAACAUUGGGUUUCACGUGAAUCCGAGCAGAUUUGGUUAGACACUUGCUGCAGGAUCUGUACGUGUGACCUGAGUGUGACUCAUGCACAGUAAUCAACACUUUUGCUCUGUGGCUGUUGUGUUUGUGUGGCUGCCAUCUGUGUCUUUACACCUCUGAGUCCUCCAUUUUCCCAAACCUCUGACAUUGUGGUGAGAAUGAGACACAACCUGCCGCAACCUU